AUGUCUCUUCCAACGCCAGUACCCGCCGAUAUCACAGUGCAAAUAGUUGUGCCCAACGACUCCAAUCCCACAGCUCCGCCACUCCUCUCAGCGGAGCGUCGUAUAACCCCCACAUGGACCGUAUCCCAGCUGAAAUCCAAACUUGAACCCAUCACGGGGAUACCUUCGUCAUCACAAUCUCUUCGCACAAAAUCUCUGGAUGGGAGCUGGACCGGGCUGACGAGCGACGUCUCGCUGCUCUCUGAUCACCGAUUCGGGAUCAGGAGGGGCUCCGAAAUCGAAGUCCAGGACACCCGGCCUCCUCAACUGCGACAAAACCUCAACUUCCUCGCGGCCGAUCUCAGUUCUGUAGAGAAGUAUCAGAUGCCCGAGACCCAGUACGAGAAGUUGGAGGACUCGGUGCUCGCGUGGAAACGCCGCCAAAAAUUGGGCAGAUUCGAUCCCCAUGCCAAGUCCCAAUCUCAGAUGGUGGAGGAGAGAAGACGGAAGGAUGAGAAGGACAUGGAGGCCCGCGGCAUCGGGGUCGGGAUGAGAUGUCGUGUGGGCCGCGAUGACGCGAGGAGGGGCACGGUGAGCUUCACGGGCGACAUUCCCGGGCUGGGCGGGCAGAGGGAGGAAGGAUGUCUCUGGGUUGGUGUGGAGCUGGACGAGCCAUUGGGGAGGAAUGAUGGGAGCGUACAGACGAGAAGGGUCUUUCAGUGCGCCGACAAGUAUGGUGUUUUCGUCAGGCCCGAGAAGGUCGAGGUAGGCGACUUUCCUCCCCUGGGUGAUUUGUUGGACGAGGAUAUGGAGGAAAUUUGA